AUGUACUCACAACUAGACUCCUCGCGCAAGGUAAUCCGCGUCCUCAAACUCUUACCUGGCAACUGGAGAGACGAUAUCGAAUGCCACCUAUCGGAUGUAUCACUCUUGGACCAGCCUUGCUACAAAGCACUAUCAUACGUGUGGGGCGAAGUCCAGCACGCAAAACCCGUCAACGUCAACAACCAGCCUGUGACAGUGACGCAAAACCUGUAUGAAGCUCUUCAGCGUAUUCGUGAGGAAGAAUCAAUGGUAACUAUCUGGAUCGACGCUCUAAGCAUCAACCAAGCGGACCUCGACGAACGAUGUGAGCAGGUACAGCUCAUGAAAGACAUUUACACUUCUGCUGAAGAGGUUCUGAUAUGGCUCGGAUACGGUGGCUAUCGCCGAGCUCCGGAGACCAAACCAAGAAUGUACCAUUUUGCAGGCGAUGAGAUGGACAUGACAAUUGUGGAUGAAUACUUCCAGAACAACGACACCAGAGAGGAGAGCGACGACGAAAGAAGCAGCAUCGGGGCAUUUGUGUAUCUCUACCUAAGCGCUGUCAAUUUGCACAUGCACGAGAUGCCAUUCUUCACAGUAGAUGGCGGCGAGGUGCAGGUCCAACAAAAUUGGGUCCAGGCCAUGCAAGCUCUCGACAUGAUCAGCGGUGUGCCUUGGUGGACGAGAAUCUGGGUCCUGCAGGAAGUGGUGCUCGCAAACGAAGCAACCAUGAUCUACGGGUCCAUCGCAGCUCCUUGGAAGGUGUCUGCACGCGCUGUAACGAACCGUCUCAUCCACGAUCAAUUUUGCUGCCAUGUAUUCGUCGACUCCUACCUUAGAGAGACGUUGCCCAGCUUGUCUAGGUUCAGUGGCGUCCAGAGUGAGAUUGGAUAUCUACGGGCUCUUCGGGCAGAGAGAGUACCGCUAUCAUUGUUGCAGAUAAUGUCCAUGGCUCAAGGAAGAAAGGCAAAAGAUCCUCGCGACCAGCUGUACGGGAUGAUAGGGCUUGUGACAGACUGGUACGGCGAAAAGCCACUGCUCCCUAACUACCGCCUAAGUUUUCGAGAUAUCAUCAUGGAGACAACCGUUGCACGGCUUCAAGGCACUAGAAACCUAAAUGGGUUGAUGGGCUACUCGAGUGAUACUCCUGGCCUACCGUCGUGGAUCAAACAGGCCAGUAAUUCUAACGACUGGAAGAUCAAACAAUUCGACAGAAUCAGUCAAAAGCAUCUUUGCCGCGCGGCGGGUCCGACGAUGGCAAAGGUCGAGCAAACUGGCGACACUUUAAUAGUGGACGCAUUCGAAGAAAUCGACACAGUUGCAUCCGUGGGAGCAGCCAUGUCUCAAGAACCCGUCUCUUGGCCCCAUAUUGUGGAAGUGAUCAAAGAAUGGCGCUCUAUGAUCAAUGUACACGAGGACGAUCGAUACAUGGGGGCAGGCCAACAAUCCUACCAAGAGGCAUUCUGGAGAACCCUACUCAACGACUGCAUAAUGGGUCCAGAAAAAACGGAGAAUCAGGGCCAAAAUGCCAGUGUAGUUCGAACUAAUUUCCGGCGGCUAGAAUAUUCCGAUAUCGCAGGUGUAUCAGAGGACUGGUGGUAUUGGGCCCAGUACAUUUCGCCAGGGAGCAAGAACAUGCAUGACGAGACUGGGAUUUCGGAGCGUGCCUUGGACCGCACAAAGAUCAGGAUGAUCAACGAAUCUUUCAUGAUGGCGACCGCUCUACAAACCUUCUUCGUGACGAAAGCUGGCCAUAUGGGCAUAGGUCCAGCAUAUAUAUGCCCUGGAGAUGCGAUUAUUCUCAUGCUGGGUGGCAGUACGCCGUUCUGUAUAAGAAGCAACAGCGCUGAUUCUGGCCAGAAUGCAACACUAGUUGGAGAUGUGUAUGUGCAUGGCUUGAUGGACGGAGAAGGAGUUACGGAGAACUGGCAAGAGAAGAUCAUACAAAUCUCUCUGACAUAG